AUGGAUCUCCGGUGUCUGAACUACCGGGAUCUGGUGCUCAACCGACCCUACAUCCCGCAGGUCUCCUUAGAAACCGAUUACCCCACCCCACUGUACAGCGAUGAGUACCUGACCUUGAGGGCCCAGCGGAACCCCCCCAUCCUCCGGCAGGCCGUCCGCUGGAAGUACACCCCAAUGGGUUGGGACGCCAUCCCCCAGACCUGGUAUACGGGGCUGACCAACAGCCACAACCGCAACGCCUGGUACAUCACCGACCCCAUCGGACGCGAGGCUUACUACCGCUGGCAGAAGUGGCACGACCACAGGGAGAAGAAUCUACCAGCUGCCUAUGCUCAGCACCUGCAAGACAGCUGUUGCUUCGACCUCGUUCCUGCCCAGUACUUGAGCCCGAAGACGCGCUGGGGGGCGUUUAUGUGGAGGGACAGGCCCAUUCUCGGAAAGGAAUUCGUGGUCAACCGCAACCGCGGCCCCGAGGAGCUGAAGGGGAAACCGGGCUAUGUGCCGCACCUGACCAUCCACCCGAUGUUCACCACCAAGGACUAUCGAACCUGGAGGAUGUUCGACAGCAUCCUUCGACCAACCACCAGCACUAGUAAAAAAAAACUUCUUCCCACCGUUUGGUGUGACCCUGGCAUCCUUCUUCGUGGUGUGGGGGCCUGA